UUAAGCGUCUGGAGCUCUGGCAGGACUCGCGGAGAGAAAGAAGAGGAGAAAACUGUGACUAAAAGGACAGAAAAUCACAUUUUAAAGGAGGGAGAAGAGGGAAAAGGCUGGGAAUUAUUGUUUUUGUGCAGCCAAGAACAGGACAGACUGAGCUGAGCUGCGGGAAUGUUACCGGUGAUCCUGACGGUUUACCUCAACGAUGCCCAGCAGAUGCUAACUGAGGUCCCGGUGACCCCGGUGACCCGAGUGGUUGACGUGGUGGAGUACUGCAAAGAGGCUGGCGAGGGCGAGUGUCACCUGGCUGAAGUAUGGAACGGACACGAGCGUGCUCUCCCUCAGGAGGUGCUGCUGAUGGAUCUCCUGCAGCAGUGGGGAGCCAGGAGGCCGGAGGUCAGCUUCUACCUCAGACACUGCCCCGCCUGGCCACAAGGAAAUCAGCAGCUUUCAGAUCAGAGCUGGACUACAGAAGCAGCAGAGAGCGGCAGUGAUAAGGUUCCCCGCGUGGAGCUGACCCUCUCCGAGCUCCAGGAAAUGGCCACAAGACAACAGCAACAAAUAGAGGCUCAGCAGCAGAUGUUAAUCGCCAAGGAGCAGAGACUGAGGUAUCUUCAGCAGGGAGGCAGAUCGAACCAAGGGCAGACUCAGUCUGAAGCGGAGAAGCUGCAGCGGCUCAAAGAGCGUGUGGACACGCAGGAGGCGAAGCUGAAGAAGAUCCGAGCCAUGAGGGGCCAAGUCGACUACAGCAAACUGAUCAACGGAAACCUCUCUGCAGAGAUCGACCACAUGAGCAGCCUGUUUCAGGAGAAGCAGGCGGAGCUGCAGUCUGCUGUGGUCAGAGUCGACCAGUUGACUCAACAGUUGGAGGAUCUGAGGAGAGGACGCCUCCAGCUGCAGUCUGGGACCACACCUCAGGGGGCUCCCACCGGUCAUAAAGGCUCCCCGCUGUCCGGCCCUGCAGCUGUGGAGCUGAGGAAACUCUACCAGGAGCUGCAGGCUCGUAACCGUCACAAUCUGGAGCAGAGCAGCAAGUUGACCCAAAACAAGGAGCUGCUGAACAAGAGGAACGUCCAGGUGACGGUGAUGGACCAGCGCAUCUGUGACCUGAGGGAACGCCUUCACAAGAAGAGAGCAGAGCUGAGUCGGAUGAACGGUGGAGGACCGUCCUCCCCUCAGGCGUCUCCUCACUCUGGUGGGGGAGUUUCAGGUCGAGUGGCGGCAGUCUGUCCCUACAUCCAGGUUCCAUCGGAGGGGAGACAGGAUCCUGGGUGCCCCCUGCCUGCUGACCCACCACCCAAACCCACCCCACUCAACCACAUUCGCUCCCUCUCAGAGGAGGACAGGACUGGCACCAGCAAUUCUCCCAGCCAGUGGAAAGUGUCAGAUUUAGACAUCGUCCUGCCCGAGCCCACUGAGGGACAUGGAUCCCCUCAAGGAGGGGACGGUAACAACACCAAUGAAGCAUCGUGGCCAAAGAUUAGCAAAAGUGGACCAGACUGGAAGACCUGCAGUCCGGAACAGCUUCCCUCUGGUUAUGGGACCUACCCCAGCACCUCCCAUCAGGCAGCGGGGCAUCACUGUGCCACAAGCUCGCUGCCGCGCUCUGCCCCUGGCACUUUGGGCUGGCCCAGAUCCACACCAACCUCUUCAUCAUCCUCUUCCUCCUCACAGCAAAUACAGCAGCGUAUUUCUGUCCCUCCUAACACAAGCCAAGGUUCUGCCACCUCCUCUCAACCCCCUCAAACUGAGCGCACAGACCCCCCUCCAGCUGUGGCCGUACGUCCCUAUGUCCCGGACCACCCCUCCAGGCCGCAGUCACCCAGGAAGGGCCCCCCCACUAUGAACAGCAGCUCAAUCUACAGCAUGUACCUUCAACAGCCUCAGGCCAAAAACUACGGAUCUUUGAGCAACAGAACGGCCGUCAAAGCAGUCUACGGUAAACCCAUCCUGCCCACCUCCUCCUCGUCUCCAUCCCCCGUCCCUUUCCUCCAAGGAGGAGGAGGCGUGAAGGCAGCGGGGGAGGAAGGUAAAGAUAAAGAAGGAAGAAAGGAAGGAGGAGGAAACAGUGAUGGACAAGUUCCUCCUCCACCUAACGUGGACAACAUCCCCCGUCCCCUCAGUCCUACCAAGCUCACACCGAUGGCUCACUCCCAGUUACGAUACCAGAGCGAUGUGGAUCUGGAAGUUCUGCGCCGGCGCCUCAGCAAUGCUCCACGGCCCCUGAAGAAACGGAGCUCAAUCACUGAACCCGAGUGCCCAACGGGGCCGAACAUUCAGAAACUGCUCUAUCAGAGGUUCAACACGUUGGCAGGAGGUAUGGAGGGAGGCUCAGGUAACCCUUUCUACCAGCCUGACUGCCUUUUGGGAGACAUGGACAUCAGUUCAGCCAAUGGGAAUGUUGAAACCAGUGAGAAGAAGGUCAGCUUAGCGGCCGUGGAGGCUGAAGAUUCCCGCCGUUCAUCUCCUCCCUCAGUUCCCACGGAAACGCCCAAAGAAAACGCAUCAGCACCAGAGAGUACAAACAUCGCGCCUCCAUCAACUCAGCCUAGUCCAACUCCUGCGCCUGUGAGGCCGGAUGACCACAACAAUAACCAGAGGAGAACAAGCCCCGCCCAGACCUCAGCAGGCCAUGCCUCUCCAUCACCUUCUGCCCCUCCUCCACUGCCUAAGGCGAAGAGAAGCAACCUGAAGAAGCCGUCAUCGGAGCGGACCGGCCACGGGCUGAGAGUCAAGUUCAACCCUCUGGCUCUGCUGCUGGAUGCUUCUUUAGAAGGAGAGUUUGAUCUGGUGCAGAGGAUCAUUUAUGAGGUGGAAAACCCCAGUAUGCCCAACGAUGAAGGCAUAACUCCUCUUCAUAACGCCGUCUGCGCUGGUCAUCACCACAUCGUGAAGUUCCUGCUGGACUUUGGGGUCAAUGUAAACGCAGCAGACAGCGACGGCUGGACUCCUCUUCACUGUGCGGCUUCGUGUAACAGCGUCCAUCUCUGCAAGAUGCUGGUCGAGUCUGGAGCGGCCAUUUUUGCCACAACGAUCAGCGAUGUAGAAACUGCGGCAGACAAAUGUGAAGAAAUGGAGGAAGGUUACACCCAGUGUUCUCAGUUCCUCUACGGUGUUCAAGAAAAGUUGGGCGUGAUGAACAAAGGUUUGGUCUAUGCUCUGUGGGACUACACAGCUCAGCGGGCUGACGAGCUCUCCUUCGGCGAGGGCGACGCCGUUACGGUGCUGCGUCGCCACGAUGACGUUGAGACAGAGUGGUGGUGGGCGAGGCUGAACAACCGCGAGGGAUACAUACCCAGAAAUCUGCUGGGGCUGUAUCCAAGGAUCAAACCCAGACAACGCUCUCUGGCAUAAAGCCCGGAUCUGGAGGAAGAGGAGGAGGAGGAAGUCACUAAAGACAGAAGAAAAGGGUGGAGGCCUUCAUGAAGCAGAGGAACUGUAAAAACGAGGAGGCAACUUUUGAGCCACUUUAUUAUUGGUUGUCAGGAUGCAGCAGAAAAAAAAAAUCUCCACCUGCCUGGAGCUUCAUUAAAACCUUUUAACAGCUCGACAACUUUACAAGCAGCAUGAGAGGCACUGUUAAAAAAAUCAUUUUCAGAUGUAGCUUCAAGCUCGGCUUUAGUGACGUGAAAACACCGCAGCGUUUGAAGUUGUACCGGUUACUGAUCGUUAAAUGCUUUCAUUAACAGAAGGAAUCUAAAGUUUACUGUUUAGAUCGGGUAAAAGAAAGAACGAAAAGCGAAAGUGAAGAUGGAGAGAGGAAAGUUGGAGCCGCAGGAGAGGUGAAAACACAAAACUGGCAUGUGGUUUCUGAGGUCACCCGACAUAAGACUUGGUGUCAGAUCAGAGGAAUAUUACGGCUCUGAUUUCACACCCCGAUGUAAAAAAAAAAAGCAUCUGGAAAUCGUUACCAGAUGACUUGGUUCAAGCUGACGUGUCAACAUUUGUUCGAAUGUUUGCUGCUGGUAAAACAGAAAGGAGGGGGA